AUGGCGGAUGGUGACAGCGGGAGUGAGCGCGGCGGUAGCAGCAGCGGCGGCGGCGGCGGCGUGGGGGGCGGCUUCCAGCACUUCCAGAGAGAGCAGGAGACCCAGGAGCUGGCCUCCAAGCGCUUGGACAUCCAGAACAAGCGCUUCUACCUGGACGUCAAGCAGAAUAGCAAGGGCCGCUUCAUCAAGAUCGCCGAGGUCGGGGCCGGAGGCUCCAAAAGUCGGCUGACCCUCUCUCUGUCAGUGGCCGCCGAGGUGCGCGACUACCUCGGGGACUUUAUCGAGCACUACGCCCAGCUGGGGCCCAGCAGCCCCGAGCAGAUCGCGCAGGCUGCCGCCGGCGAGGACGGCGGGCCUCGGCGAGCCCUCAAGAGCGAGUUUUUGGUGCGGGAGAACCGCAAGUACUACUUGGACUUGAAGGAGAACCAGCGGGGGAGGUUCCUGCGGAUCCGGCAGACCGUCAACCGGGGGCCUGGCUUCGGCAUGGGCGGCGGCGGCGGCCCGGUGGGCGGCAUGUUGUCCGGCCAGACCAUAGCCCUUCCGGCGCAGGGACUGAUCGAGUUCCGAGACGCCCUGGCCAAGCUCAUCGACGACUACGGCGGCGACGACGACGAGCUGGCCUGCGGCGCAGGCGGCAUGGCGGCGGGGGGCUUCGGCGAGCUCCCGGAGGGCACUUCCAUCAUGGUGGACUCCAAGCGCUUCUUCUUCGACGUGGGCUCCAACAAGUACGGCGUGUUCCUGCGCGUCAGCGAGGUGAAGCCCAGCUACCGGAACUCCAUCACGGUGCCCUUCAAGGCCUGGGCCAAGUUCGGCGGCGCCUUCAGCCGCUACGCCGACGAGAUGAAGGAGAUCCAAGAGCGCCACCGGGACAAGAUCUACGAGAGGCGGGACGAGUCGGAGGGCGACGACGUGGAUGACGACUGAGAGCGCGCGUGCGCGCACGCACGCCGCCUCCGUACGUGCGCGUCUGCGCACGCGCGCGCGCUACCGCCCGUACAGCCACAGCAGGCAGCAUUGGAGGAAAAAAAAAAAAAGAAUAAAGAGUACACGAGCGUUCAUCGGCCUCGUGCUGCUACGGCGCCAUUUGGCACCCAAGUCGGACUCGGUAGUGUUCCAAUCGUGACUUAAGUGCGUGUCUUGGAGGCUGAGAGGUUCUCCUCGUUGUCGUUUGCGUCGUGGGAUGCUUAGCAGGUUUGGAGGAGCAGCCUGCCAAUCAAAGUCUCACACACAGGGGAGAAAAUAGAACAAACAAACAAACAAAAAAGAAAGAAAACAAUCACUGCCCGCCACACCAUUGACGAGGGGGGUGAAGUGAGCCAAAAAUUACAGCCAGGGCUCGAUUUUAGCAAUACCGACAGAGGAGGGCGGCGUUCAGGGUUAAAAAAAAAAAAAAGAAAAGAAAAAGAAGAGAAAACCUUUGCCGUCGGCCUUUCUCACCUCACUCGGGAGUCAGGACAAAAAAAGAAACAAAAAAAGCAAACAUCAGCAAGAGAUGCUGCUAACACGUCCGUGGAUGUUCUUUUUCCUUUUUUUUCUUUUCCAACAACAGAGAACUAUAUUAUUGACACAAGAUUAUAGGAAAGUUAUUACAGCGGCAAAAAAAAGAUAUUUUCAAAUACUUCUAAAGGAAAAUGUAUCGUGUAAAGGAAAUGACAAAAUAAAGAGUGUGAAAUUCUUUCAACUGA